CUGCCAAUUUGUUGUUCCUGGAUUCUCCAGCCGGUGUUGGAUUUUCAUACACGAACACGUCAUUCGAACAAGAUCCACCGGGAGACAAUUCAACCGCACACGGUUCAUACACUUUCCUGGUUAAAUGGUUCCAGAGGUUCCCCCAACACAAAAUGAAAGAAUUCUACAUAGCUGGAGAGAGCUAUGCAGGUCCGCCAACUUAUUCAUAGAUAUUUACUCCCUCCGAUCCAUAAUAAGUGUCUCAGAUUCACCCUCCAAAUCAGCGGUCUCUAUGACAGUCAAGCUGUAGGAGGUGAGAUACGCUCCUCCUUGCUCACUCUGCGACAUCUCAAGAUGUUGGACCUCUCAUUGAACGACUUCGGCGGCCAACCUAUCCCGGAGUUCAUAGGUGCUCUCCGGAGUCUCACGCAUCUAGACCUCUCUUACUCCAAUUUCAGUGGUCAGAUUCCUCCGCACCUCGGCAACCUCUCGAAUCUGCUCAACCUUCAGCUCAGCAAUACGGCCGACUCGUACUUGCCUGAUCUAGCAUGGUUGUCGCGCUUGAAGAAGCUGCAGGUGCUUGGCAUGUCUGAGGUGGACCUCAGCGCUGCCGUCGACUGGGUUCAUGCUCUCAACAUGCUACCUGAUCUGAUGAACAUUGAUUUAGAUUCUUGUGGGCUUCGAAACAGUACUAUGCUUUACCCGGUGCAUUCCAACCUCACGUCGCUGGAGACCCUAUACCUCAGUUUUAACCCCUUCAACACGUCUAUGGGAGCCAACAAUUUUGUUUUGGCUCUGACUAGGCUUCAGGAGCUCUCUCUGUUGAGCUGUGGAAUCCAUGGUCCUGUCCCUGAUGCAUUGGGAAACCUGACCUCCCUUCGAAAACCGAGUCUUCAAGAAAACCUCUUUGUUGACAAGGUGCCAUCAACCUUCAAGAAACUGAAAAAACUACAAGUGUUCGAAUUAUCCAACAACUUCAUCAGCAUGGACGUAAUAAAGCUACCGCAUCUGUUGCCACCAGACGAAUUGUUGAAGCUGCGCUUCGACAACAACAAGUUGACAGGGAGCUUACCAGCUUGGAUAGGGCAGUUUAGCAGCUUGACCAUAAUUAAGCUCAACCACAACGAGCUUUCUGGAGAGAUACCGAUUGGUAUACGAGAACUGACAAAUUUGAGAGACUUAUGGCUGAAUUCAAACAACCUACAUGGUACAAUCAAUGAUGACCAUUUCACAAAUCUGACCACCUUACAAGUCCUGCUGAUUUCAGAUAAUUCCUUAACCGUGAAGGUAAGUCAUACAUGGAACACUCCAUUCAGCUUAUAUUCAGCAAGCUUUAGCUCUUGCAUGCUAGGUCCCCAAUUUCCAGCUUGGCUUAUCCAACCAACAAUUGAAACUCUUGAUAUUUUCAACACAAGCAUACAUGACAUCAUACCUGCUGAGUUUUGGACUUCUAGUUACCAUGCGACAUAUUUGGAUUGUCACGAAAUCGGCUUGUUGGCAUGCUUCCCACAUUUUUUCAAUUUGCUGGCUUGGAUGUUUAGGAUAUCAGUUCUAACCAGUUUUCUGGUCCAAUUCCAUUACUUCCACAAAAUAUAAGCUACAUGGACCUCUAUGAAAACAAUCUAUCGGGUCCACCUCAUUUACAUA